AUGGAAUUGGAUUGUGGAUUUCCAGCCAAAAACCAAACCAGGAGCAAACACCUUCACGGAGAAGGUGGGAUCAGCCCGACUGCCGACAACCAGCUCGUGAUUAAGCUCCCCGAUCCGAGGGUUUUCAGGGUUAUUGCUCGAUCCUUGCUUUUAGCCUUGGUUAUCAUCACGUUUCCCUGGCUUGGAAAGUUGGUCAUUGACGGACUUCCCCAAUUUAAUUCCUAUAUGACCGAUUCUGAGGCCAAUUUUGGCCCUGAACUCAUCAAUGCUGAGUUAUUGACCAUGUUGUUUCGGGAUUUAACCAACGAAGGUGUUCUUAAAUCCGAAGGCAAAGUACUCUUUGUAAGCCACGGCAGCGCCGGAGAGGUGAUCGUUCACAAUCCUCGGUUCUAUAAUGAUAACAAGAUAUAUCUCAUCUCUGAAUUCGAUUCCGAACGCCAGAGCUCAGUUCCGGAUGCAACAUUCGAUUUCACAUUCGCUUCCAGCUUUGGCUCUGGUAAAUAUCUCGACCGCACGCUCAAGACCGGCGGCAUUGCAGCUAUCCAAUUGAGCAACGACCCUUCGGAUGCUUUCUGGAAGCCCUCAAAUUACAAGAUUGUCUACAUCCGGCGAUAUGCAUCCACAAUUGUAGCAAUGAAGAAAACUGGCCCGUCCGAACUACCAUCCGGGAAUUGGCCAAAUAAGAGGCGCCUCUGCGCGUUCCCUUCAGAAGCCAAGAAGGCGGCAUUGGAUGGACUCGAGGAUGUGCUCCUGGAACCACCGCGAAAAGCUCAUGUGGAAUCGGACAAGUACUUGAAGAGGACCAAAUUCCUGCCGGACUUAACUGGGGACUCGCUCGAAGGGUACCCACGUCGCGUCUUCAUCAAUGUUGGCUUGCCGGAGAGAAACGGCGGCAGCCCUGAUUGGUUUGAGAGGAAUUACCCAACAAGAAAUUGGGAUUUCGAAAUUUACAAGAUAGAGACAGUGGCCACGGAUGAACUGUCAACUGACACUGCUGUGCCCCAACUGGAGAUGUCAGAUUGGUUGAGGAAGAAUGUGAAGGAAGAAGAGUACGUGGUGAUGAAGGCAGAAGCAGAAGUGGUAGAGGAGUUGGUGAAGAAUAAAGCCAUGUGUUUGGUGGAUGAACUGUUCUUGGAGUGCAAACACCGAGGACUAGGCGGGAGGAAGAACAAGAGCAAGAGGGUCUACUGGGAAUGCUUGGCUCUCUAUGGAAAGCUCAGGGAUGAAGGAGUUGCCGUGCAUCAAUGGUGGGGCUGA